AUGAAUAAAGAUGGACUUGAAACAAAAUUGAAUUUUCUUUAAUAAGAAAUAAGAUAACUAUAGGAAGAAAAUAAAGAACUUAGAUAACUACUAUAAUUAAAUAAGGAAGUGAUAAAAAUUCAAAAAGAAUGCACAUUUAAUUCUGUACUUUUUGAAACCAUAUAUUAAGCUACCAAGUACAAAUAAUAGCAGAAAAGAUGAAAUUUAUAUAAAAUAAUAUGAAAAUAAUUCUGAAAGAGGAUUUCAAUAAUUGUUUUCAUAAUUAUAUGAAGAAAAUAAUUAACUAUAUGCAUUUAAUGAAGUAAUAGCAAAAUAAAGAGAUGAAGCAAGAAGCUAAGUAAUUAAUGUAAUUUAGUAAAGGCGUUAAUCUUUGAAUAAAUCUGUGAGGAGUCAAAUCAACGUAAUAUGGAAGUCUAAUUAGAGAGACAGAAUUAAUUGAUAGAAUUGCAAAGAAAGUUGAAUGAAAAAGAUUAAUAAAUAAUCUUAUUAACUGAGAAAUUGUUUGAGUAUUAGAGCAAAAAGAAGAUAAAAUAAAAAAUAGUAUUCAAAUUUAAUUAUUAGUAUAAAGAUGGUUUAACCAACUGAAGAUGUUUUUGCUGUAUUGAAUCAAAUAGAAUAAAUGAGAAUGUUGAUAGGUUAAAUGAUUAAGGAAAAUAAAUAAUUAAGAGAUGAAAAAAAUAAGAUAUAAAUAUUUAUUGAUGUUUUGAAGAAAUAGACUUUAAACAAACCAGAUUAUACUCCUCCAAUACUUUCACCUGAUAGAAGUAAUGAUGAAAGUCCUAAAAAUUAAUCUAUUAAAGAAAAUAAAUAAAUUUCUGGCACUAAAGUAGAUGAUUCUAGUUAUGUUGAAAUAUUACCAACUAAAGUGAAUGUUUAAUUUUAAAAAAAUUCUAAUGCACCUGUGCCUAAACUUGAUUUAGCAAAAGCAUAAAAAUUACAAUAAUUAAAUAUUUAAAAGCAAGAGGAAAUUGAAGAAAAAGAAGAAAUAGAAGCUAAAGCAUUUAAACUUUAAUAGCAAGUUAAAAAUAAUUCUCAGAAGGCUUAAACUCCAUCAGCUGGUAAUGCUUUAAAUAUGUUUGCCAGUCCAAAUAAAUUAUGUGUCUAAUUAAAUUAAUUAAGUGAUUAAAACAAAUCAUUAUAAAAAGAACUUGCUUAAUGUAGAUAAAAAUUAUAAAAUGAAAUUCUACUCUCAAAAACUUUAGAGGAUUAAGUAUGUGAAUUAGAAAGAAAAAUUUUAGAUUUAGAAAGUGUAAAUGAAAUUUUAAUUAAUUCACAAUCAAAAUAUGAACAAAAAUGGUAGAAAAUUCACUUAUAAUAUAUUACUUAUAAGGAAUUCUUUGAAGCCAAUGAUUAAAUUUAUGAAAGUGCAAGAGAUAAUAGAUAAACUCUAUAAACUAUGAUGAGUAUGCCUUUAUCAGCAAAACAUAAAAAAUCAAAUGUGUCUCAAAAUUUAAGGGAGAUUGCUUAUACUCUUUAUAAUAAAUGUAAAAUUGAAGAAAGACUCAAAAAUAUAGAAUUUAAAAAUGUAUUAAAUAAGAAAAGAUCAUCAUCACUUUGA